AGUAAACACUGGACACAGCAGGAGCCGUGAGUGCGAAAAACAUCUAUGCACAUUAUUAUAACACAAAUGGAGUCACUCUGGGAUAUAUCUGCUUUUAAACAUUCUUCUUUAUAGAUGCAUAUAACAACAUAAUACGUUUGCCGUACGGAAUCUGCGUUCGUGAACUCAGUGCCUUAAACUGAACAGGUGACAAACUGAACAGACGAAAUUUAGCUCUCGGGAAGAGAAGAAAAGUUCGGGCUUGGAUAAACAUAAACACUAUUGUUUUUUGUUUUUUUUACAACGUAAUAUAUUUUUGCACCGAUUAUCUUUGCAUCUCAAUUCAACUUGUAAGUAAGUGGCAAGGAUAUUUUUGACCCAAGAACAUCACACCUUUAGUAGCCCAAGAUAUAGAAUAGCCUAUGAUACUAAAACAGAAUACAAAAGCCAUGAAAAACACUGAAGUAUACGGACAAUGGUGUGUGGGACAAAGUGGAAAAUAUAAAAGUGUAUUGAAAGCAGGAGUGUAAUUGACUGUAUGAUGGAGCGCACUGGGACUCACUGGUUGUUUCCGAGGAUCACCCUUCUCUGUAUUAUCCUAUGUGAGUCAAUUUCUUGUUGUGAGAAGACUCACUCACAUGCCGAAGAUGAGCUCUUCAAAAAGCUAUUUGAUGGCUACAACAAGUGGUCAAGACCUGUGCCAAACACCUCUGAUGUCGUCAUUGUCAAGUUUGGUUUAUCUAUCGCCCAGCUGAUUGAUGUGGAUGAGAAGAAUCAGAUGAUGACCACAAAUGUCUGGCUAAAGCAGGAGUGGAAUGACUAUAAACUACGAUGGAAACCUUCAGACUACGACAAUGUGACUUCUAUCAGGGUUCCAUCUGAACUUAUCUGGGUUCCAGACAUAGUCUUGUACAACAAUGCAGAUGGGGAGUUUGCGGUGACCCACAUGACAAAAGCUCACCUCUUCCACACAGGUAAAGUGCGCUGGGUUCCACCUGCCAUCUACAAGAGCUCAUGCAGCAUUGAUGUCACCUUCUUCCCCUUUGACCAGCAGAACUGCAAGAUGAAGUUCGGCUCGUGGACUUAUGACAAAGCCAAGAUCGACCUGGAGCGUAUUGAGAACACUGUGGAUCUGAAAGAUUACUGGGAGAGCGGCGAGUGGGCCAUCAUCAAUGCUGUAGGAACCUAUAACACCAAGAAGUAUGACUGCUGCCAUGAGAUCUACCCUGACAUCACCUACUUCUUCAUCAUUCGUCGUCUUCCUCUUUUCUACACCAUCAACCUUAUCAUUCCAUGCCUUCUCAUCUCCUGCCUCACCGUGCUGGUCUUUUACCUGCCAUCAGACUGUGGGGAGAAGAUCACACUGUGUAUCUCCGUUCUCCUCUCUCUAACCGUCUUCCUGCUGCUCAUAACAGAAAUUAUCCCAUCUACCUCGCUGGUUAUUCCACUUAUUGGUGAAUAUCUGCUCUUCAUUAUGAUCUUCGUCACCCUGUCCAUCGUUAUCACUGUCUUUGUGCUUAAUGUGCACCACCGAUCCCCCAGCACUCAUAAGAUGCCCCAUUGGGUGCACUCAGUCUUCUUGGAUUUGAUCCCUCGGUGGCUGUGUAUGCGCAGGCCUGCACCUGACAGUCGACGCAGACAGAAACCUCUCCUCCUGCAGCGCCAGGGGCAUGUUAUAACAUCAAGAGUACUUGGACCAGCAACUACGCCCAUCAGUACAUCUACUAGCUGGUUCAGAGGUGAUAACUCUGGGGAGGACGAGUCUCGCAGGCGCUGCUGUUAUAAGGAUUUAGAACAUGGGAUGCUAUCUUCAGCUAUCCCUCUUUCGUUCCAGCCCACUUCACCCUGUCCUCUUGGCUCGACUCCACCCCCUCUACAUAAAUAUGGCCCCUCCCCUAGACUGGAGAUGGGCGUGGCUUCCAGGCAGCUCGGUGGUAGAGCUUAUGCCACAAAGUGGCCUGACAACAUAAUAUCAGAGAACCCAGGGUUCCCGCUCUCCCCCAGUGUCCUGCAAGCUCUGGAGGGGGUUCACUACAUAGCAGACCACCUGAGAGCAGAAGAUGCUGACUUCAGUGUUAAAGAAGAUUGGAAGUAUGUUGCUAUGGUAAUAGACAGGAUCUUCCUAUGGAUGUUCAUCAUAGUUUGUUUGCUAGGCACAAUCGGGCUCUUUCUGCCGCCUUGGCUCGCAGGCAUGAUCUAGAAAACAUACCAAUAAAUAAAUUAUAUGGACAAUGAGGACAUUUACGUGAUAUGUGCUUCCACAGGAAGAACCAGCAUGAGGACACAAUGCUCCUCCCAUCAGGGAGCAAAAUCACUUAGUAAGUGGUGAGAUUUCACCUGUGUUGGAUAAGAUGCAUGUUUGACAUCAGGAAUGUAACACCAAGGGCCUGAUAUUUUUCUUACUUCCAUUGCACCUCUUUAAAAGAGUGUAAAGAAGCUUGUAUGUGAAAAUUCUUGUAUAUGAAUGUAUAACCUUGAAAUUCUGUUAAAAAUAUUCGAUCAACGUUAAAAGUGCCAACUGUAAAACCACUGAGUUUGGUAUCUCUCUUUUCUUGUUACUGUUCACAUCAUGGAGACUUUAGGGAAUAGUUCACUUAAAACAAUGAAAAUUAUGUCAUCAUGUACUCACACUCACGUUGUUCCAAACACAUAUGACAUUCUUCUGUAGAACAAAAAAGAUUUAAUGCAGAAUUUUAGCAGAAGUCACUAUUUACUUUCAUUGCAUCUUUUUUUUUCCAUACUAUGAAAGUGAAUGGUGACUGAGGCUAUCUCCAACAUUAAAGGAAUAUUUCACCCAAAAAAAUGUAAUUCUUUAAUCACUUACUUACCUUCAUGCCAUCCCAGAUGUGUAUGACUUUCUUUCUUCUUCUGAACACAAAGAUGUUUAUAAAACUAUUUCAGCUCUGUAAUGCAAGUGAAUGGUAACAAGAAAUGUAUAUUCUUUUUGAAGCUCCAAAAAGCAUAUAAAAGUAUUCAAGUUCAGUGGUUACAUCCAUGUUUUCAGAAGCGAUAUGAGGUGUGGGUGAGAAAAAGAUCAAUAUUUAAGUACUUUUUACAAUAAAUGUCCACUUUCACAUUCUUCUGUUUUUGGUGACUCGCAUCCUCUAUGCAUAUCGCCACCUACUGGGCAGGGAGGAAAAACUGUUUCUAACCCAUGGAUUUAGCCACUGGAGUAAUAUGGAUUACUUUUAUGAUGCCUUUAUAUGCUUUUUGGACCUUCAAAGUUCUGGACCUACAGAACUGAAAUAUUCUUCUUAAAAUCUUUGUUUGUGUUCAGCAGAAAAAAAGAAAGUCACAUAUCUGGGAUGGCAUGAGGGUGAGUAAAUGAUGAGAUCAUUUUCAUUUUUGGGUGAAAUAUCACUUUAAGCCUAACAUCUCCCUUUGUGAAGCAAAACCACUAGAGAACCACUGAUUUACAAGGCAUAAUGUUGCUCAGCUAAACACUUAUAGUAUGUUUUAAGAUAUGCUUAAAACUGUCAUAUUCCCUGCUACAUAAUGUUUUCAGUGCUUUUGUCACAAUGAUAAAUGUAAUUGAUGCAUGUCAUCAGUUAUCUAACAUAUUUCAUCAUGAGGAGGAAUUAAUGUUCAAUGAUGCUGUGGAAGUCAAAUUGUACAGGUAACAUCUGAAUUGGGACAUCUUUUAAUGGUAUUUGCAAACAUAAAAUGAUAAAGAAAGCAUAUUUGCUGGGUUAUGUGAUUCUCAAAUAUUUUGGUCAACAAUACUCAAACAUGUCAUUAAUAAGUAAAGAAAAGAAAAAAAGAAACAAAGUAAAGUCGCAGAAUAUAAUGCAUGAUCUGUUAAAUGAUAAAACCUUACAGGGUGAGCCUAACAUAUGACUGCAAAACAAUACAAACAGUUGAAUGCACAGUGAA